AAAUAUGUGUGGAUGCGCUUCUACGAACAAGAAAUACAACACAUUACAAUUAUGCUUUCGUGUAAAUUAUUACUAUUGUUUUUUUGCUUAUUUAUAGAAAAUCGCUCUACGUCUCUUGUUAUAUACCCGGACAAGUACAUCUCUGUGAUGAGACAUGGAUUCAUCAGUUAACAUCAUCGAGGUGGCACAAGUCACUCCUUCACACUCCGAAUCGUUUGAGCCACUCACUCUUCCGCUCACCUUCUUCGACCUUGUCUAUUUCAAGUUUCGCCCCGUUGAACGAGUCAUCUUCUACAGACUCACCAACGCAACUCGACUUUUCUUCGACUCAGUCAUCAUCCCCAACCUCAAGACCUCUCUCUCCUCAGCCCUCUUUCACUAUCUCCCACUCGCCGGCCAACUCGUAUGGGGACAACUUGAUCCUAAACCCAGCAUUGUCUGCUCCCAAAACGACGCCGUCUCAUUCACCGUCGCCGAGUCAAACGCGUAUUUCUCUCGUUUAUCAGGCGACAAACCAUUCCCAUCCGCGGAGUUGUACCCCUUAGUCCCCGAGUUACAAAGCUCCGACGACUCUGCCUCCGUUGUGUCGUUUCAAGUCACGCUAUUUCCAAACCAAGGGUUUUGCAUCUGCGUAAAAGCACACCAUGGCGUUUUGGAUGGAAAAACGACAACCAUGUUUCUCAGAUCUUGGGUGCACAUAUGUAAGCAUCAAGAUUCUUCUCUACCGCAGGAUUUACUCCCAACUUACGAUCGUACGGUCAUAAGAAGUCCAACGGAUAGUGAAAAUAAAGUUUUGAAUGAGUGGCACUCUUUAGCUAAAAUCUUAGCUGGUGGUAAAGAACCAGACAACCCUAAGAGUUUAAAGCUUCAACCGUCAAUGAAGAUUGGAGCGAACGUUGUCCGAUACACUCUCGAGCUCACUCGUAAUGAUAUCCAAAAGCUCCGUGAGAGACUAAAGAGAGAGUCUACCUCUUCCUCAUCCUCAUCCUCAUCCUCAAAGGAGCUUCGCUUGUCGACGUUUGUUAUUGCUUACUCGUACGCGUUUGUGUGCUUAAUAAGAGCUCGAGGCGGAGAACCGAAAAGACCUGUUGGAUAUGGUUUCUCGGUAGAUUGUCGAAGCCUCAUCGAUCCGCCAAUCCCGAGUUAUUUUGGAAAUUGCAUCUCUGGUUGCUAUAGAAUCAUGUUGAUAGCAGAGACGUUUAUGGGUGAAGAAGGGCUUCUGGCUGCUGCAAGGAUGGUCAGCGAAUCGAUCGAGGAAUGGGACGAGAGUAUGGCGUGGAGGAUUCCAGAUCACGUUGGAUAUGCAACUCUGCCACCAGGGUCACAAAAUAUUAUAGCUUCUGGAUCUACCCGAUUUGGAGUAUACGAGUUGGAUUUCGGAUGGGGUAGACCUGAUAAAGUGAUGACUGUAUCGAUUGGUCAAGGCAAUGUGAUUUCUAUGGCGGAUAAUAGAGAUGGGAAGGGUGGUGUGGAGAUUGGCUUCUCACUCAAGGAACAAGAAAUGGACGCACUGAUUGUUUUGCUCCAUCAUGAACUAAAUAGAUAAUUAAAUCACCUUUCCUUUGUACAUGAAUAAAAUUGUUUCUCUCUUUGCUUAUAUGGAUAUGGUAUUGUGGCUU